AUGGCUUUCUGCGUCUUCUCCGGGGGGGAGGUCUACCAGAACCACUUCGAGCCCGGGAUCUAUGUGUGCGCCAGAUGCGGUUACGAACUCUUUUCCAGCAGAGCAAAAUACUCCCACUCAUCCCCGUGGCCGACUUUCACCGAAACCAUCCACAGCAACAGCGUCUCCAAAUACAAAGAACGCCCAGGAGCCUUAAAGGUGCUGUGCGGGAAAUGUGGCAACGGCCUGGGCCACGAAUUUCUCAAGGACGGCCCAGGGAAGGGCCAGUCUCGCUUCUGA